GACACCUUCAGUAGCCUUUCGGUAGCCAACCGGGCUAAUCAGUGGUUUUAUUUUGAGGGAGAUUUGUUGAUAGGGAGUUGAUUUUUGAUACACUAAACUGAACAUUGUCAAAAAAGGACAAGGAGCUGCUUCGCAAUGACGAAAGUGCGUCGAUUGGCAGUUUUAUUAUUGUGCUUAGUGGGAUACUGUCAUGCAGGAGAUACAGCGUCUUUCCCAGCAAUAAAGCAGACGUGGGUUGAUAAGCUCAAGAAAGAUUUGUUUGCCGACUACGACCGGAAUGCGCGGCCCAGUCAGUACUACAAUGUCACUAAUUUGGAUGUGAAGAUGACCAUUUGGCACGUGGAUGUCGACGAGGAAAACUCCGUUUUUUCCACAAUAGGAUGGGUGAAAAUGACAUGGAACGACGAUAAGCUCAAGUGGAAUCCGGCCGACUACGGCAAUUUGGAUCAAUUCCGAUGCAAUCCAGAUGCCGUGUGGAAACCGGAUGUAGUUCUGUACAACAAUGCCAAGGGUGCAGAUAAUCUACACUAUGGCCAAACGAAUGUGAUCGUAUAUAGCAACGGUGAAGUAUUGUGGGUUCCUCCGACCAAUUAUCACAGCUUUUGUGAACUGAAUCUUCGCUUUUGGCCCUAUGACUAUCACACCUGUACUCUGAAGAUUGGUUCUUGGACAUACGAUGGAUACAAACUGAACAUGACCACUUCCGGCGAAGAUCCCGAGCUGUUGUGGCUCGUACCGAACCAUGAGUGGAGUAUUAAAAAGAUGACCACCGAACGCCACACCGUGUUCUACAAAUGUUGCAAGGAACCCUACAUCGAUAUCCAGUACAACAUCACGAUCCAGCGACAAGCUUCAACUUACACGACGGUUGUAGUAAGCCCAGCAAUUGUAAUAAUGCUCCUAGCUUUAUCAGUAUUCUGGCUUCCACCACAAUGCGGCGAGAAAAUUGUCCUAAACGGACUCAUUGGACUGAUUGUAACAGUAUUUCUCAUCUACUUUGCUGAUCAGCUGCCAGCCAUGUCUGGCCAAACGCCAUUAAUCGUGACCUUCUACAGCUCCACGUUUUAUCUGGUAGCCAUUAGCACAAUUAUAUCAAUCAUUGUACUUCGAAUAGCUCGUAACAAGCAGUGCCAUCCAGUGCCGAUUGUUGUUAAGGGUCAACUGGACGGUUGCCUCGGGACACUGCUUGGCGUUAGUGACAACGGUCCAUUCGAAGAGGACAAGGAAGCUGUGAGUGGUAAACUAUCGAUCAAUUCUAAGCAGUACGACUGGUGUCGGCUAGCAGUGAUCCUCGAUCGACUUGCGUUUAUAGUCUAUUUGAUUAUAUUCGUCAUUUCAAUAGUUUACUUCAGCUUAUAGCUCGAUAGUAACUGUAUUAAAAGUUAUCAUUUGUAUAUGAGGGAAAUCAGCUUUUCGUCAAUACUACAGAGAACAUUGCAAAACGUUGUAAUAAAAUUGAGAAUGUAUUGUCAUUGCAA